AUGCUGACAUUCAAGGAGACGGGCACUUUUGAACUUCUGUUUGCUAAGGUGCAUUUUGUAGUUAAAUCUCACUUCUACAUCGAUUUCAUGCAGUUUAAUUACACCGGUGGCAACCGUUAUAUUCAAGAUUUUGCUAGUUUUAUUAUGUGGAAUAGUAUAUUUUGCUGGCAGCCUGUGACACCGUAUUUAGCAUUUUAUCCUGUACCUGCCUUAAGAGUUGUGCAACUCCCAGAUGUUAGGCCUUCGGCGUCUGCUGUACAGAAUUGUUAUACAACGUCGGAUCAGAUAACGAACCAGUAUCUUCUUACUAAAUGUUACAAAUUUUUAUGUAGAAUUAACGAGUCGUUCAAAACGGUUGAGAAGGAGUCAUUUUUGAGAAAAAUGAGAAUUGUAUUACAAGCCAAAAACUGGACCAAUAUGCAUCUGCGGCACCAAAUGCCGGCGAACUGGGAUCAAAGAUAUGCAAGACAGUUUUGCGAUUUACUGUUGAAGGAUGGUCGAGCCCCGAAGAAAGUUGAUUUUACAGCAUUGUCACAAUGUGUUAGAUGGAUAGAAGCGUUUGCCGAUCGUCUUCAAGAAGCUCUUGAACGAUUUCGAAGGACAAAAGACGAGGCGAGCAAAAUUUUUACUAGAAAAGUUUUUUAUGUCACUGAAAGCCAAUAUGUAUUUCUAAAUUUACUUUGUUGUUGCGAUUUGGAGGGGCGAGGAAAGUCACACUGUAUGGGGUACAUAGAGCCAAAGAAUCCAGUAUGUAUAGACGACGCGUUCUGGGAAAUAUUUGAAUUUUUACAAGAAGCUCCUGCAGAAACAUCCUGA